GUUUUGGUUGAUCUUCGUCGCACUUUAUGAGUCGCUAGUUUCUACCGCAUCCAUCUUGGAAAAGUCGAAAGGGGAUCGGUCGGGACCCCUUCAUCCAUGAUGGAUCUUAGCUACAGAGAUCGCCAGGGUUACUACAAUGAGCAGGAUCCCCAGCAAAACAUACGGCACCACCACCACCAGCCGCAACACCAGUUACAGCCGCAGCAGCCACAACUCCUACCACACUAUGCUCAGCAACUCUCUCACCACCAGUCUCUGUUGCAGCCACACCUGUCGCAGCAUCAGCUCCACCACUCUCAGCCGGCCUUUGUGCUGGAUCAGUCAGACCAGCGGAGGGCCAGAGAGGAGUGCUCUAGUUCUAGGUUGGCUGGGCCACCCAGUAUGCAGCAGCUGAUUUCAGGUCAUGGCACUCAUAACCAUCAGCCGCAGUAUUCAGAUCACACCCAUCCUCUUCUUGCUCAGCUUGGUCUGACCUGUCAGUCCGGGUACCCACCACAGACCACCACCAACACCCAGUCCAUGGUCGACACCACCCCAAACAACCAACCAUUCCUAUCACCGGACUCCCCGUCACCACCACAGCCUCAGGACACCAGGGAUGAACCCAUGGUUUCUGAGGCGCCCCUGGUUGAACAACCCUCGGCGGAACCUCCCAUGCCAGAACCACUGCCAGAGCCACCCAUGGAGGCAGAAGCCAUGGCUGAAUCUCGGAGUGCAGUUCCUGUUGCGAUCACAGAGGUGCCACCGACAGCUGCAGAUUCUGCUGAAGCUGCAACAGAAGCUCAACCUGAAGCAGAAGAUGCGCCACAAGCUCUUGUUGUUAUACCAGAGGAAGAUACUCCCUCUGAUGCUCCCAGUACCAGUACCACCAAAGCCAAGGAGGACCCAAAUAAACCUGAACCAACUGGCCCAACCACCAGGUCCAGUAAGAUCUGGAAGCCAGACUUGCCCCUUGGACUAUCUCUCAAGUACAUGCAAGGUGGCAAGAAGAUAGCGGGUGUAAGAUCUGAGAAGCCUCUGGAGAAAGGUGCUACCUUUGGUCCAUACAAUGGAAAGCUGAUUGCUGAACCUGUUGGUAGUCUCAAGGACUCUGCCUGGGAGUUGUGUCUGCGAGGGAAGGUUUUCGUGUACGUCGAUGGUCAGAACAAGACUUUCAACAACUGGAUGGCUUUCGUUGAGAGUGCCAACUCCGAAGAAGAACAGAACCUUGAAGCAUUCCAAUCCUACGGGGAUAUCUACUUCAGAACCACAAAGGUCGUUGAACCAGGAAGUGAACUGAAGGUUUUCUACAGUGACGAGUAUGCCAAUCAUGUCGGCUUCAAGAAGAAACUCUGCGAUCUGGUGUAUAACAAAGAUACAAAGAGCUUCCCAUGCAGUUCCUGUUACCGAACUAAUGCUUCCGCCAAGCGGAUGUUGCGUCACAUGAGAAUCAACCAUGACCCUGAUAGGAUUGGUGCGAUGCGUCCAGUCAUUACCUGGGAACCUUGUACCUCAACAGAGAAUGCGGAGAACGAGGAUCCAGAGAUGGCUUCAACUGCAAAGACAGUCAAUGAACGCUUCAUAUGUACAAUCUGUGGCAAGAACUUCCCUACGAGUCGGAGGCUCGCAGCCCACGAAUCCACACAUGCUGGCAGCGCCAACAAGACUUGUACGAUUUGCGGUGAGACGCAUACCAGUUCAAGAAGUCUUUCCAAGCAUAUGAGGACGCAUAAGCCAAAGCCCUUUGAAUGCCAGUCUUGCGGGAGCUCGUUUGCAUCGCAGAACCAUCUGACCCGUCAUAAGAAACUGUCGCACACCUACAACCAUAGCUGCAGGGUGUGUGGCAUACAGUUCAUCAAGAAACGGGAGUGCAACAAACACGAGAAGACACAUCCGGAAUGGACCGCUUUUAAACCUCUCCGCAAGAAGGCGAGAAAAACGAGGAGGACUAAGAAAGUGCAAAUUAAUGAGAUUGAGGAAGAAGUUCCAGCUGAGGAGGAGGAACCGGAACCCGAGGAAGAGAUCGAAGAGCCAAAUCCAAACUUGCCAAAGGAUAUGCUUGGGAAGCGAAUCAAUUACUACGACAAACCAAGACCAUAUAAAUGCCGCUUUUGCCCAAAAAGAUACCUCUCAAGGAACAAGAAACUUGCUCAUGAAGCUGAAGCACAUACGAAGGAAUGCGAGUUUAAAUGUAAGCACUGCCCCGCUGUAUUCGCCACCGAGUUCAGGUACGUGGAACACUCCAAGCGCCACAUACAGAAUCGGCCGUUCCAAUGCCAGUUCUGUCCAAAUUCCUUUGCCUCGGAGAAUGCACUGAAGAACCACAUGGGUGAACACACAGGCCUGAAGCCUGUCAAGUGUGAGGUAUGCGGGAAGGGCUUUCGGACGCGGCACAUCAUGAACGCUCACAAGCGACGCAUGCACAAGGUCAGGCAGAUGCGCUUCUCCUGCUCCUACUGCAACAAACCGUUCGCCGACAAGGGCAACCUUGUCAAACACGAGCGCCGCCAUAAAGGCAUCCGACCGUACGUCUGCCUGACCUGCGGGAGGGGCUUUGCCACCAACUACAGCUUAACGCAACACUCCUACACACACACCAAAGAGAAGAAAUUUGGUUGUCCGCAGUGUGACAAGCGUUUCACCCUCAAUGAACAUUUGACGAACCACAUCUAUAAGGUGCAUACUGUACAUCAGAAAGAACAGCCGCCGAGUAUUCAUUCCUUGACGAUUGGUCAACAGAAUCCUAUGCCUCCACAGCCAAAUCAACAUCCAAAUCAACAUCCAACUCUACCAUCUACAACUCAACACUACCAGAUGCCACAUCCACAGUAAUAGUGCAUUCAAAAUUGCCAAACCUGUCCUAGUGGCCAUUUUGUAAUGCAUCUAGCCAUUUGGUCUAAUAUUCCCACUAGAAAGAACUGAGUGUCACAGAGUCUGUGAAGAUUUCAUUCACACUGGAAAUUUUAAGUGUAUAGAUGAUUUCACAUUGUGUUCCACACUGAACACACUGCAGGACAUUUGUGUUCUUUGAUGCAGGAAUGAGCGAGUCUAAUUCUAAGAUGGGCUAAAUGGGGCAUUGCUGGAGACUUCAUCUGCAAUUGGUUGCUCAUUUACAAAUCAAUUCAGCACAAAAAGCAGACCAGCAACGAAUACUAGCAUUCAACUCAUAGCCUACCGGAACCAGGUGAUCCCUGUAUGGAGUCUAUGGGAAUCACAGAAUUCAGUAGUCAACGUGUUAAUUGGAAUUAAUGAUAUUUAAUGUGUUUUUUUUUGCAUUUGUCCCAUAUGAACAUCAUCUUCACUAUUCGGUCCGUUGUCACUUGGUUUUAUACUCACCUGGGCUACUGGACAUUGUCUUUUUGUUGACGUUUUGAUUGAAUGGACUAAGUGUCAAGACAUAGUUAACUCCAUUUAGUUUAUUCCCGCUCCAUUUAUUCAUGAAGACAACAAAUAUUGGUUGACCAAGUGUGUAUUAAAAAAAAUGAAGGUGUUGUUUUUUAUAUAUUUUUUUUUUGGGGGGGAUGUAGGAAAUGGUGACUUGUGCCUCUUGCACUCCAUUUCAAGGGAGAAAAAUAAGGAUCAAGGUUUAGAAAUUAAAUUCAUUCUAUUGUCAAAAAGCAAAGGAACAAAUUUAAAGUAUGAUCUCAUCCUGGCCGCCAUUUCCCCCAAGAAAAUGCACUUGCAAUAUGGACAUAGGUUAUGUCACAGGCGAUGCAUGCCCCAGUUUUCAGCAUAAGCUUAUGAUUGUAAGCCUAUUAAACUCUUACAAAGAGUUGCGAUUGAUCCAAUCAACCACAACUAUUGACAGCCAGCAACGUCAACAUCUAAAACGCAUGUUUGUUCAAAAUAUUUUUUUUAGAUACGGUGUAAUAUUCAUACAUUCAUCAUUCUGUUGAAAAGUCAGUGCGAUUCUCUUUGUUUACUAAGGAGAUUGUGCAAAUUUUGUGGAGUAAAAAUUAUGGUAUGGAUGGAUUUCCAUACAGUUAUGAUUGAUUGGAUCAAACGUAACUUUUUGUAAGACAGGGUCCAGCUGUGUCUACCCACACUCCCUGGAUGAGAGAUGAGUCAAAUAACUAGGUUACUUAUAUUUGUGGAAGAGCCGUGGUGUAGUGGUUCUGACUCUCGCCUUGUAAACAGAGGGUCGUGUGUUCGAAUCCCACCGCGGUCUAGCGUCCUUUGGCAAGGCAUUAAUCCACACUUUGCCACUCUCGACCCAGGUGCUAAAUGGGUACCCGGUAGGAUGCGAAAGAUAUUGUAUGUUUGAUUUUGCCAGCGCCAUAAUGAGGCUGCGAUGAAUGCAAGGAAUGCUCCCCAGGGAGUGGAAAUUGUGCACUUUUCGUGCGGGAUUGAAAUGAAUCCAAUGACCGGGGUAAUAAUAUGCUGUAACGCGCUUUGAGCCAUUCAGGGAAAAGCGCUUUAUAAAAAUUGGCUAUUAUUAUUAUUAUUUACAUGUAUGGUUAAACUAGUAACAAUAGAUAAGGACAGCCAACAGUCUUGCCCUCUCGUGAUAUUUAUCCAUUGAUAUUUUAUUUCAAGUAAUACCCACAUCUAAGUUUAUUUAGAACUUUCAUGUCACUUGUAAGAAAAUGAAAAGUCUCAAAACUUGUGGAAGUAACUCCUCUGUGAAAUAUAUUAUGGUAUGUAUAACACUGCCUAGAUUUCAUGGACAUGCAUGGAUGAAAAGACUAACUAGCCAUUGAAAAAGAUUUAAUCAUGUUAUAUAUGAUGUAUUCUUGUAGAAGUGUACUGUAAAUACAGGGGAAACUGGUUCCUUGGUGAAAGUAAAUGACCGAACAUUGAUGUGUUGACGGCAAAGUGUACAGUUACACAAAAAGGACUUUUCGUAUUUACUACGAGGAAACUCUACAAUGUAUCGAUUCCUAUGAAAAUGCAAUUAAAAUCACCAUGGAGAGCUGGUAGGAUUUUGUUGAAAAUUGGUAGACUGGGACAGCUGAUCAUCCGAAUAUUUGCACCGGACGAACAAUUGCAAAUAUGUCGUUGUCCAGAGUCAAGAGAUUCCAAUGCUGUCCCGGUCCACAACUUUCGACUAAAGCCUCACAGCUCUCCAUUGUGAUUUGACUUGCAUCUUGAAAGGAAUUUGUGCGUUGUAGAGAGUUUCCCCAUAGUAAAAGCGAAAACUACCUAGUGAAGCCAACCCUAGCUUUUAUAUAUUUUAAAUGGUGUACCAUUGGUUGUUUUGGUGUUAGUUUCGUUGGUGUGGCUACAGCCAAUCGGGCUCCCCUAUUUGAGUUCCCCUGUAUUUACAGUGCAUGUAUUUAUAUGAUGUACAUAACAAUUGAUGUCUGAAUAGUGUACGAACCUUUAUGAUGGUAUUGGUGAAAUUUGCAUGUCAGCUGUAUGUACAUUGAGUGUAUUCAGAUGAAUGUAGUGAUAUAUACAUACAUGUGUAGAUUACAUUUACAUAGUGACUAUGAGCCUAGGUUCCAGAAUUAAAGGUGUUAUUAUCCUAGAUUUUCCAUCAACGAAUACUAGUUAGAUUACUGCAAUAUAAACUACAAUUCAGUUACAAUUUUGAUUUUGUCUGUUAAAAAUUCUCAAUAACAAUGAUAAUCUUUGUUUGACUACAAUGGACUGGGUAUAUGAACUUGUAAUUCUUGUAUAGGUGUACAUGUUAUAUGUAGGAAACUAGAAAUAUUUUGUCAAUUCAAUUCCUUGAUAUAAUUACAUUAUUUAUUUGACAGGGAUGUAGAUUUCAAAAGCUGCAAAUAAUGUGAAAUGUGUUGUUUUGUUUUUUAAUGUGAUACAUUUAAAGGUGUUUGCCAGUAUUUAUAGUGUCAUGUUCAUGCGAAUAUAGACAUAGUUCUUAGAAACUUUCAAAGUGCCAAAUUCUAAAGAUUGUGUAGCAUCGGAGUUCAUAAGCAAAUUGGUACCAUCAUGGAAGCUAUCUAGUAGCAGAUAUACCUCACCAAAGGGUUCGUACAGGGAAUUUGCAUUUCAAUUGCAAAUCAAGCUUGAAUCCCAAAAUCGAACAUAAUACAGGGCUGUCCAUUAGGAUUUCAUCCUAUUUACCGGGCCUAUUUAGUAGGAUUUUUAAGGAGAAAGUGACACUAAAUAGGAUUUUAUUCUUGAGUCAACUGUUAUGAACUGUGGACUCAUGAAUAAAAUAGCAUGCUUCGAGGACAAGUUUACCCCAACAAAAAGUUUAUUUAAAUAAAAAGAGAAAAAUCCAACAAGCAUAACGCUGAAAAUUUCAUGAAAUUCGGAUGUAAAAUAAGAAAGUUGUGACAUUUUUAAGUUUUACUUAAUUUCACAAAACAGUUAUAUUAACAUUAUGGUCGGUAUGGAAAAGAGGAGACUGAUGAUGUCAUCCACUCACUAUUUCUUUUGUAUUUUAUUAUAUAAAAUGUGAAAUAUUCAAAUUUUCUCAUCAUUAUCCUGUGAAACAAAGUUUUGUUUGUCCCUGAACAUGUAGAAUUGCCAUUUUUCAACAUUUUAUGGUUCAGCUAAGUUGGUCCUUAUUGUCACAUUGGGAAAAAUUAAAAUAUUGUAUAAUUCAAAAAAAAAAAAUUGUGAGUGAGGGACAUCAUUGACUCUCAUUUCCAUAUCAUUGAGUUGUGCAUAUAACUGUUUUGUGAAAAAUAAGCAAGAGUUUAAAAUGCCAUAAUUUUCUUAUUUUACAUCAAAUUUUGUUGAAAUCUUCAAUGUUGGGCUUGUUUUAUUUUCUCUAUUUAUUCAAAUCAACAUUUUUCUGGGGUGGACUUGACCUUUAACCAUGGCAACAGCCAUCAAUUUGGCGCACUGUGACAAAUGCGCGCUUUAGCAGUGGAAAUUUUUCAAUAUAUGUGGUAAAUCAAGCGUAAUUUGUACAGGAAAUCUACAUAAACCACGGAUUAGCCGAGUUGAAUAGAGUGUCUCUUCCUUUCACCGAAUGCGAAGUGUCGCACCAUUACACCAACAUGAAUAUUCGCCAUUUGUGUUGUACAACGCCUAUGAAUUUAGCGAAAAUAUGGAAAAAAAAGAGUUUUCCAUGCUUUAAUCUAUGAAAAAGGAGCAAAAGUAUUGAAAGCGAACUCCCACAAGCGCGCAUGACAUCUAAGGCCAAUUGUCUAGGGCAGCAUUUCGCAUGUAUCCUGCAGGCCAUAUACGCAUAUUGCACCUUCAUUUUUUAAUGAGCUCAAUGAAGUGAAUCGUAUUGUGACGUCACCUCCUAAAGCCAUGCAAUGGUACAUUUUGGACGGUACGAAAUUCAUUUGCUUGUGUGAUUGUAUCCAACAAGCUAAGUAGGCGUUGUACAAUAUACAUUAUAGCAUGUUACAAAUUUAAACCUUGUGUGCUUAAAGCAAUCAUUUCUGAAUAUUGAUGUAAAUUGUCUUGGCAUUGUUAAAUAAACAAAUGCAGACUCUA